UUGUGUGUCAUACAAACUACAGAAGGCUCACAAAAAGCCUUUCAUUCUGUGUGUCUCUUCUUGUAUUCUCAUGGGAUUCGUUUUCUAUAUGCCAAGGUGCCAUUCUCCUGUCUAUGAUCGUUCUUUGCGUAAAUUAAGCGCGAGAUGCGUUUGCCAGCAACACAAGCUUUUCGAUCCGUCCUACAGAGUUCCGCCUUUCGUGGCCAGACAGUUGUUUGUGGAGCACACGCACAGGUUUAUCUACUGCGAGGUGCCUAAAGUCGGCUGCACGAACUGGAAGAGGAUCAUCCUCCUCUUAAACAAGACUCUCGGAGCCACGCUCAACGAUCUCGAACACAACUCCGUGCACACUCAUCCUCUCCUGACCAAGCUGAGCGCUUACUCUCCGACGGAGCAGGCGGAGCUGCUGAAUAAUUACACCAAGGUGAUGUUUGCGCGGGAUCCGUUACAGCGGCUGGUUUCCGCCUACAGAGACAAGUUCCUACACGAGGACGAGGAGUAUUACUACGACACGGUGGCCAAGAUCAUCAAGAGAUCGAUCGGGAGGUCGGAAAAUUCCAGGAAAGAUCACUUUGCACGGUUCGUCGUUCAGGAAAACCCGCUUUAUAGAGAUACCCAUUGGAAGCCGAUGUAUGAGCUCUGUGACCCGUGCAACAUCCGUUACGACAUCGUGGGCAAGUUUGAAACCAUGAAGCGGGAUUCAGAUUUUGUCUUGAAAACAAUAAAAGCCCCGAAGAACUUAGCAUACCCUAAUAUUAAGCAUUAUGCCAACGAAACCAGAACCAGCAAAGAAAUAAGCCAAGAGUACCUAAAAACUUUACCCAGAAAGCUAUUUUCCAGUUUGAGAGACGUAUACGACGUUGACUUCUCUAUGUUUGAGUAUAACCCUAUGGAUCUACACCUCUAGGACAUCCAUCUGCAACGCCA